AUGAAGAGACGAGCUUCGAUCCCCGACGAACAGCUGGCGCUCGAGGGUCUGGUGAGCCUCUCCGGCCACCACACCGCUUCAUCUUCUGCCGCCACCACUGCACACCACGGAGCUCAUCUCCUCAAGCAUCAAUCUCAUCUUCCGUGGAACGUGAUGAUGGGCAACGACGACAAACCCGCCAGCGAGAACAACAAGCACCAACAACGCCCUUCGCUCGUGCAGCUGGCUUCGUGCCCCGGCUCUUCGUCAUCUUCAACUUCAUCAUCCGUUCCGCCGAGCGAAUCCAAGAUGCAACGCGGCAGCCGUCCACACUUCUCCGCCAAGGAUGCACUGAAGGACGCCCUGGCGGCCGAGCACUCGGCCACGACACACUACACCGCCAGCAUCCAUCCUCCAUCAUCUUUCUUCUCCACUACGUCUUCUUCAACCACCUCCAUGCCCACAUCACCCCUCUCCUGUCUCUCCUCUCCCCGGUCGUCCUUCUCCCUCCCGCCGCUCUCAUCCACCCUCGCCUCGCUCCACUCAACGUCAACGUCGACCACACCAUCUCCCCGUUCAUCUUUCUCUUCUUCUACGCCGGCAUCUUCGUCGCGCCGGUCCAGCAUCUCCUCAAGCGUCGAGCCGCCCGCCAAGCGCGUCAAGCUCGAGUACCCCGAGCCCGCCACGUCAUCAUCGUCGUCGUCCGCCACAUCAUCGCCCAUGUCGUCGCCGCGCCGCGGAUCGUUCUCUGCUGCGACCACCAUGGUCGCGGCCGGGGUGCCGAUGAUGGACGACCCGCCCGAAGACGCGCAGCUGAUCCCCGUCACGGCCCGCAACCCGCACGGCGGCGAGGUGUGCAUCCACAUCGAGAAGCCGGUGCUCGAGGCGCUCACCGCGAGCGGCAUCUCGCCCGAGAGCAUCGUCGACCUGAUCGUGCAGAACGACAAGGAGAGCCGCGACCAGGUGAUCCGCGAGACCGGCUUCUCGACCAACUACAUCAUGAAGCUCCAGCGCCGCGUGCUCCACUCGUCGUCGCAGCUCCAGCUGCCGCCGCCGGUGCGCCACUCGUUCGCCACCGGGGUCGACCUCCACGUUCUGUUCGACUCGGACGGCGGGCCGCUCUUCAUGAAGAAGGAGCUCUGCACCAUCCUGGGCAUGAAGGGCACCACCUUCAGCUACUGGAAGAAGAAGUCCAACGUCGAAGACACCGACACGAGCAAGGACUUUCGGCUGAUGGACAUCUGCCGCACCCUGUUCGGCGGCCGCGCGACCUACACCCUCUACUCGCCCGCCUCGACCCUCACCAUCCUCAACGAGAUGGAGACCUCGCGCCAGAAGAACUCCUUCUCCAACCUGGCCGCGCUCAAGUUCCUGGUCACCACCUACGGCCAUCCGGCCUCGGCCUCGGCUUCGACUUCGUCGUCGACCAGCACCACACCAACGCCGCCGACGGCCACAGCGACGGCGGUGACGAUCGGUUCGCUGCUGCUCGAAGGGACCAGCGCGGCGGCGGAUGCGGUGAGCGCGGCCCACCCGGCCGCCUGCUGA